UUAAAAUUUAUAUACAGAACAUUAGGCUGAACCCGCCCCUUUGAUGAUCAUGUGACUUUCAAAAUGGCUGCUUACGAAUGGUUUCCUAGACCUCGUAACUAUGCUCUAGAAAUCAGUAGCUUGGAAGUAGCUACCACAGUAACCACUUCACACCCAUUGAAAGCCAUUACUGUAACAGAAGUUAAAAAAGUUGGAGAUAAAAAAGAUGUGGGUAAAACUACAACUCAACAAACAUUUGUGGAUCCUCUCAGCAUGAGUGACCCUUUAAGCUCAGGCAUAAGCACACAAUUUGAGGGCACAGACCCACUCUCUAUGAUGAUGAAAGGAGAUUCACUGAAUUCUGGGAAAGCAAGCCGAUCAGACAGUUUGAAGAAUCCAAAACUUGAUGAAAUUGAUGGCAGUGAUAUUCUGUCUGACACAUUUGAGCCAUGGUCACUGAAGAAAAGUGGGAUACUGGCUAAAUAUACCACAUCAGAGAAGCUGUCAAUCACAACAAGCUUUCUCUCACCCUCUGAUCAAGAGAAAGUUGUGAUAAAGACCCAGACUCAGUCCCAACCCACUGGAACUGUCAGUGAUAAAGUCAAAAACAGGCUGGAACAGCUUGAUGACUUUGAAGAGGGCUCUGUGAAAGAAAUGUUAAAUCUGAGCCAACAAGAUUAUGUCAAAAGAAUCGAUGAGUUGAACCAGGCAUUGAUCAAUGCCUGGGAAAGUGAUCAUAGAGUCAAGGCCUUAAAGAUUGCCAUACAGUGUUCUAAACUUCUGGCUGAUGUUUCUGUUAUCCCAUUCUACCCUAGCAAGUUUGUUCUUAUUACAGAUAUACUAGACACAUUUGGUCGUUUAGUAUAUGAUCGUCUACUUGAUAAAGCACAGACUUCUUUGCCAGGGUCAUCACGACCUCACAGACUAGCAGCAAAUUUUACAUCUGAUGAAGUACCUGAAGCUGCUAAAGAGACGUGUAGAAACUGGUUUUUUAAGAUUGCUUCCAUACGAGAACUUAUCCCACGCUUAUAUGUUGAGGCUGCUCUGCUUAAAUCUUAUAAUUUCUUGAAUACAGGAGAGUACACAGACGCCCUGAAGAGACUGUCUCUGAUGGCUCGUGGUAUAGGAGAUCCUCUGGUGGCUGUUUAUGCUAGGUGUUAUUUGUGCAGGGUUGGGAUUUUGGUAGCCCCCAAGUUUAGAGACCACAUCCCUGUGUGUUUUGAGGACUUCAUCACCACAUUCCCUCAGGUACAGGGUGACAUUGUCCAGAACAUCAUGGCCAUGCAGAAGCUGGAGAUGCCGCAGUACCUGACCCUGUUCUCUCCCGCCCUGGACUGGAUCCUCCAGUGCCUGGCCCACUCAGCCUCUGAGAAACUCCUCAACCAAACUUUGGACAAGUGCAAAGAACAGUGUAACAAUGCGCUGAUGAUCAACUCAAUCAUGUCAGCCUUCCAGCCCCAGUACAUAGCAAACAGGGCCCUGAUAUUUACAGAGAUGAUCAGAGAUUGUGAGGGGACAGGCUUGCCCAAGCACCUGUUACAUCGGACCCUGGGGUUAUGCUUGGUUGUUGCUGAAACACCUGAGGACCAAAGGCUGGCUGUGCUCAAUGAAGUGUGGAAGGCUGUUGUUAAGCUGAAAAAUGGAUCAGAUUACAUAAGCUGUGCUGAAGUGUGGAUAGAGUAUGUUGUCAAAUACUGUGGGAAACGUGAGAUCAACACUUUUCUUGGUGACAUCAUCAAACACAUGACACCAGAUCGAGCAUACGAAGAUUUUUAUCCCCAACUGCAGUCAAUUGUGUGCAAAAUUCUGGCUCAUCAACAUGAUUUUUCUCUUUUGUUUUCUCUUGAAAAGUUUCUCCCAUUUGUUGAUAUGUUUCAACGUGAAUCAAUCAAGGUCGAGGUUUGCAAGUGUAUCUUGGAGUCUUUCAACAAACACCAGACAACACCCAUCAAUGAUCCAGUUGUCAUUAAUGCCAUGAUGUUCCUGGGGAAGGUCAUGCAUGAUUCAAUUGAUGCACUCACUCUAGAUGAUGAGAAACGAGCCAUCGGCUACUUACUGUGUGGGUUCAUCAGACUUGUCCAGUUUGGGCGUGACUUUGAACAACAGCUGAGCUUUUAUGUGGAGUCCCGUUCCUACUUCAGCAAUCUUGAUGCAGUUCUGGUUAUUCUCAUUCAUUCUGUCAACAACUUGGCAGUAGAGACAAGAAAAGUUGUCAAGGGAAACCACUCUAGUAAAACAGCUGCUUUUGUCAGAGCCUGUGCAGCAUAUUGUUUCAUCACCAUCCCAUCGCUGCAGUCAGUCUUCUCUCAGCUGCAGCUCUACCUGCUGUGUGGUCAGGUGGCCUUACUCAAUCAGUGUUACUCUCAAGGUGAUGCUUUCUUCAAGGCUGCCAUCUCACUUGUUCCAGAGGUACCCAAGACAUUUGAUGGGGACUCAAAGUCUAGAUCAUCGGAGCCAUUUUUGUUAGAGUUUCUAUACAACUUUGUGGCAACUUUGCUUGUAACCCCUGACAAUCCAGAGAUGGGAGUGAUGUAUUUACUGCGUGGAUUGCUCAAUGUGCUACAAGACUACACUUGGGAGCCUAACAGUGAUGCUCGUAUUUUAGUUUACACACGUGUCUUAGCUGUUCUAUCAGCAGCUUUUCAAGAAGAGUUUCCAUACCACAUAGACAAAGUGGACUCCAAUGAUUCUAUGUAUGGUCAUGAUCCAAAGUUCCUAUCAGAAGUCAAACUAAUGGCCAACACUUUGAUAGCUGAAAUUUUAAGCCACCUAAAGAGUAUCUCAACACCUGAGAAUGCCAAACGUCAGAGCUCUCUUAUCCUUGAGGUAACAUCAGCACUUUUAACAACAUGUGAUCUUAGUCAAACAUCCAUUGCAACAUUGAUUGCCAACUUGUGGGGAUUAGCACUGAAAAAUGGUCAGGCUGAUGUCAAAGUUCUGAAAAAACUACAAGACUAUGCCAAGACAAAGGCAGCCUCAGGAGUAUCUGGAUUUCAAGCCCUACUACCUAAACUAACCAUUAAUACUUGAGUUACCUACCUUUGUUGUGAAAGAUUCAAACUGGGCCUGAUGUUGCUUAUAAUUUUAAAUUGUCUGAAUAAGGUUAUGUGUGUUAUAAUAGAUCAAGUUUCAUUGCUUUAUUAGCUUUGAUUCAUGUAAUCUCAUGUGAUCAUCAGAUUUUUUACGAAACAUUAAAAAUUCAAGUUUUUAAAAAUGUACAACUAGCAGAUUAGUUGCAGGUACUUUCAUCAUAUUGUAUCUCACACAGGACAGUAAAAACGGAUUAUAUUCGGUGUUUACCUGUGAUUUAAUUGACCCUGUUCCAUACUCAGUUAUUGCAAUGUAUUUAUCUCUAAUAAAUGUAUCUAAAUUCAA